AUGAUGCAGCUCAUCCGCUUCUCCCUCGCCUCUAGUGCGCUCGUGGCGCUCGCUAGCUUGUCCACCAUCAAGAUCGUCGAGGCUCUACCCACUAACGUGAGACUCACGCGCAGCUUCGCGCGAGACGUGCAGCUGACGACUGAUGCUCUGAUCCUUGGCAAGAACACCGAGCUGGGCGGACGCAUGCGCGCUGCGGAUGAUAAGCUCGAGCAACUCAUGAUACGCGCGUCCAGAACGAUCGAAGGGGGGCAAGGUGGUCAAGUCGACAAGAGGCAGCCCGUGACGGACUCGUCCUUCUCGGACAUCGUGCUGCGCGAUAUCGCUGCGUCGAAGACCGUCAGCGUGAAUUCCCGUCUGCUUGGCCCAUGCUCGAACUGCGCCUGCGGCAUAAAUUGUCCCUCGACUUGCUGUGGCCUCAAGGAGGUGCGAACGGAGCCAGUGGGGCACUUGGCUACGUUUCGCGAGCAAAGUGACAUGCCUUCCGCCAAGAGAGAGAUCGAUGGAAGCCAAGGUAGUCAGCUCAUUGAAAGGCAGGUCACGACGGACACGAUGUCCAAGGGCCUUGUCAUACUGCGCGAUAUCAAUCCGUGUCACUCGUGCGACUGCCAAACUGGCUGUCCUGCGGGUUGCUGUGGCCUCGACAAGGUAGGGAUGCAGACAGGGAGACAGUGGUCCAAUAGGAAGGUUGGUACGGGCGAAGGAGGCCGAACCAUAGAGAGGAAGCUCGAGAUCGACGCACCGGCCGAGGGCAUUGAAAUACGCGCUGAGGGGGGCGAUGACCACUGAGCUGAUCAAAGCACAAGUCCCAAUAGAUCAAUGGCGAUUGCAGUGGCCCUAAAUCUCUAGCUCUCUAGCUUCUAAGUCCUCGAGACGUCUCCAGUUAGUCUUUUUGAAUCGAUACAGUCAAUCCAGAAAUUUAACGUGGUGUGGUCGAGAAGGAGGUGCGGGGAUGGAUGGUUGAUUUUGCUCACAGAUGCGAGUCGCGAUAGGCGCCAAUGGUCGUAAAGCCUCGCCUCAAAGCGGUGAACGAUGGUGAUGAUUGAAUUUGAGCUUGCCACGCAUUUCGUGAGGUUGG